AUGUUUCUGCUGCAUCACAAUGAGUCCAGAAGCUGUGCCCUUCAUAGCUGGCAUCACCAGGAAAUUCCCACUUUGCGAUUUAAUCAACUGGCCAUAGCAAGUAUAAAGAAUCACUUCAACCAUCAUUCGCUAAGUAUAGUCUGCAUAUGUAAAGAUUCCGACACAAUUCUUCUCGAUACUCUGGCCGAAGACCUUGAUAGAAUGCGACAAGAUCGGAUUAUUUUAUGGAUUCAAAUGAACGUCAGUGAGCAGCUUCUUCAUACGAUUUCAAACCAAUCCGAGGAAUACAGUUUUCUGCAAGUCCUCAUCGUGGAGGCGAUAGACAGCCUGGAGCAAAAAGUGACUACAUUCCGGCUACAUUCUUUUCCCAGCCCACACUUUCAUCGCAUUGAAAACAUAUUCGAUUUGAAGGGCUCCAUUUUUUCGUCUCUAAGGAACAACUUCAAGGGAAGAAUGGCAACUCUAGAGCCAGCUUGGAGAUCAGGCCUAAAAUCCUACAAAUGGCUGACCUCUAAGGUUAGAGUUCCAAUAGACAGAGCACAAGACAAUAUUAUCCUGGAUUUCGCCAAAAGGUAUAAUUUGAGUUUUAAAGUUGUGAAGGCCGCGAAUAGGGAAAUUAAGCAGAGCUCUUUAAGAAUUCCUGACUUUCAAUUCAACUCGCUGUUCAAUGGAAAUGAACACAUAAAAUAUAUAAAUCCCUAUGAUAUAUCAGCCAUAAUAGUUGUUGUACCCUGCGGAAGAGAAAUGCAAAUUGAGGAGGUGUUCAGGCACCUGGAUGUAAAGUCUUGGCUUCUUCAUAUUCUCCUAGUCUAUGUUAUCUUUGUGCUGGCGGAGACCUUCAUACUCGUGGUUACCCAUAGGAUAUCAGGCAAAGCCUACAGAUUGACCAGUUUAAAUCCUGUGCUGAAUCUCCGUGCCUUUCGAGCCCUUUUAGGCAUGUCCUUUCCCGUGAGCAGCAGAUCAAGCCUCUCGCUGCGACAGCUUUUCCUGGUGAUAACUGUGUUCGGCUUUGUCUUUAGCAAUUUCUUUAGCUGCAAGCUGAGUGCCCUGCUUACAAAACAUUCCCAGCAUUCCCAGGUCAGAAACUUCGAUGAGUUGCGGUCAAGUGGAUUGACAGUGAUCGUGGACUGGCACAUCCGUUCCCUCAUCGAGAACAGAGUUGAAGCUGACUUUUUUACACAAAACAUAACAAGAGUCAAAUUCGUGACACAGCGUGAAAAAGUCUAUAAUCUGCUCUCACUUGACAGCACUUACGCCCACGUAAUGCUGUUGGAAAAGUACCACACUUUAAGGAAUUAUCAAAAAUUUUAUGACAAGAAGGUUUUCUGUACCUCAAGGGACCUGACCAUCAUCCGAAGUAUUCCCAGGACAUAUACGCAGCAAAACAACUCCAUAUUUUAUUGGUCUUUAUUCUUCUUUUCAAUUAGACUAGAAGAGGCGGGCAUCGUUGGUCAAUGGUCUCAGCGGGCUCCCUUCCAAUUGAGAUCAAACCUAAAUGUAACCGUUGUGGAUAAUACCAAGCAAAGAAUAGAAUCCUUAUCCGUUUAUCACUUGAACUGGUUGUGGUCUAUUCUUGGAUGUGGAUAUGGUCUCGCCAUUUUUGUAUUUAUCAUUGAAGUUUGUCUGGGAGGUCAUCAUCGUUGGACAUGGAACUCGCGAGCCAGGAACCAUAUUUUUGUAGUCUAA